CCAAAACUUCUUACAAAUCUCGAGAGCCUUCAAAACCUCUUCAAUCUCACUACUCUAUUGCAUAUAUUUCAGUCAAUUUUUAUUUUAUUUUUAUAGAAAAAAAUAUUAAUAAAAAAAAGGAAUCUCAAUUUUUUUUCAUCAAUGGCACUUCGCAACCUCUUAACGAAGCGUCUUUUGAAUAGUGUCAAAACGACGGUGCCGUUUACAGAAGCAACAGUGUCGUCUCCGUCACUCCAACAAACCCUAGUUCCUCAAAACGCUUCCAAAACUAAUUUCCACCGCGAGUAUCUCUCAUCGCCGGACUCCACAAACAGAACCGUUUUCCGUCGCUUUCCUCCCCGGCGAGCCGUGUACCACUCCGGCACAGCUAGACUCCCGGAGUUUCUCUCCCUUCCUAUCGGAGAAAAACUCAGGGAGAAACUCAAAGGCAUUAACAACAUUUCCGGUGCCGGAGAUCGUUUCCGUCUUAGCGAUCUCAACGUUACUCCGGCACCGGCGCCGGCAGAGUUAACCGGAAAUGGAAUUUCGGUGGAAAAUGCGAGGAAGAUUAUGAGAAUAACGCAAAUGGAGAAAGUGAAAGCGAAACUGAGAAACAUUCCGGAUAAUUCUGUUUCUUACAGUGAAUUCUUGCGGAUCUGCGUUGAGUCGUGUGAGAAUCAUGAUCAAGGCGUUGAGUUUUCGAAGAUAUUGGAUGAGUCUGGAAACGUCAUCGUUUUGGGGAACGUUGUUUUUCUCCGGCCGGAACAGGUGGCAAAAUCAAUUGAGAGCAUAAUGUACCAAUCAAUAGCCAGCCCAAAUGACCCAAGAAGGAUGGAGCUAGAGAAUAUGGAGAAACAGAAAGCAAUGAUUGAUGGUAAGGCAAAAGCCCGAGUCCAAACUGAGCUAUAUUGUGGAUUGGGCUUUCUGAUGAUUCAAACAAUUGGGUUCAUGAGGCUCACAUUUUGGGAGCUAAGUUGGGAUGUUAUGGAGCCCAUAUGUUUCUUUGUUACUUCUUUACACUUUGCUUUUGCAUACCUAUUUUUCAUAAGGACUUCUACUGAGCCAACAUUUCAAGGCUAUUUCCAACGUCGUUUCAUGGCCAAACAAAUGCGUCUUAUGAAGACAUAUAAAUUUGAUGCUCAAAGGUAUAAUGAGCUAUGCAAGGCAUGUUAUCCAAGUGCGAAAGCUGAACCUACUUCACAUUUUCACCAUGCUGAAGAGACACUUAUAAGAGCAUUGCAUCGUUGAAGAAUUGUGGGUACAAAUAUUUAAAUAGUGGUAUUUUUAGAUCAUUAAUGUGGAGCCAAAUGAAACACUUUUUUUGAAUAUAUAUUAGUUUAUGUAGUGAUGUAGAUAACUGAAACUUAGGUUUUUAAGCGGGUUUUGACCAACUCUAAUAUUACUCUUUUCGGCCUGCUUCUCUUGUUCUUCUAAACAAAAACUAUUUAUCUUGUCUUACUAGGCCUUGUAACCAAAAAACUGAUGGGGGUCUACUUUUCCACUCCAA